UUAUUACAUAGCAGCCUACUAUUUCUUAGUACGGCAGCUUCACCUGACGAAACAACCGCACAUAGUACAAGUUUACCGGAAAAUGUAAUACCAACGCAUUAUAAAAUCUAUUUGAAACUACAUGAAAGCGAGACGAAUACUUCUCUCAGCACCUGCGAAGUCCACCUGACGAUCUUAUCUCUAGUGCGAGAAAUUGCUUUCCACGCAAAGAACCUGCUUAUACAGAGAAUAUAUUUAAAAAACAAGGAGUGGGAAACAAUUUCGUCGGUAUCAGAGUGGCCCAUGCCUGCCACUGACAUAUAUCGCGUAUCUUUUGGGCGGGAUUUACUUGGUAAUUAUACCCUGCAUGUGGUAUUUGACUAUCCAAAAAAUAGUAGCGCCUUUUUCAAAACAACAUACAUAACCGGAGAGAAGGAUAAACAGUGGAUAACCGCGAUAGAUGUGUGGCCAAUGAAAGCUCGAGAAUUGUUUCCUUGUUGGGACGAACCGACAUUUGUGGCCACUUUCGAUUUUGCUAUAGACCAUCAUAUAAAUUAUACCCUUUAUGCAAAUACGGCGAGGGACAGUCACGAUGAUCCAACUAAGGACAUUAAAAGGAUAUCUUUACGAAGAACUCCUCCAAUCCCUACGUAUCAAAUCUCAAUAAUACUGCUUCCGAGGACUAAAUUCUCGUCUGGUCCGGUUGAUAAUAUUUACUUUGCAUACAGAAACGACUUGACAGACAGGUACCACGUAGCCUAUGCACAAGGUGUUUUAUUAAAGUUCUACGAAUAUUUUGAAACUCGAGAUUUGAGCUGUGAGAAGGACCCAUAUCAUGUCAUAAUCCCUCAUUUCCCACGUAAUUACGCUACAAAUUUAGGGAUCAUUGUGCACAGUGAACAAUCUUUUAUAUUCAGUAAAGUUGAUCCAGAACAGUUCAUACGUAGACCAACAUAUGCCCGUUACUUAGGACAUACAGUAGCAUAUCAAUGCUUUAUUAACCAUAUCGGUGAAAAUCCGUGGUCUUACCAAUGGUUGAAUCAUGCUUUUUCAACGUUGCUCGUAUUGGACGCUAUCGAUAAGGUUUCUAAUCACCCAGAAUACUAUAUAAAGGAUUUGUUUGUCGUUGAAGUUGUUCAAGAAUCUCUACGUCUCGAUGAUCAAUCCAUUCUAAGACCUCUAGUAGAGAACAUAAGCAGUCCUUUCGACUCUAAUUCUUUCUAUUAUAGCCGACCCGUCUGCACGAAGUUCCUAAACGACGAGUCAGAGAACAUGGGCUACUUCACAGAAAAUAAUCCUCUCUGCGAGAAUUUAUUGUUCCUCAGAUUUGGUUGCAUAGGUUCUGUGCUACCCAGUGAAAUGUAUUUAUUGAAUUUAUUUAUAUUACUAUUGUCAACAUUUUACAGAAUCAGGCCACACAAUGUGUUUAACACGUCAAAUAUAGAAACAUUCUGGUCCGUUAUACGAAGAGCUCAUGACAUAUUCUCAUACUAUGAUCUAGAUGUCGGACAAAUAAGAUAUCUAAUGGAGCGUUACCUAGUGCAAGAGCGCUAUCCUGUGAUAACUGUUACGCAAAAUGAAACUGUCAUAACAGCAGUAGUAAACGAUACAAAUACACCUAAGAAGGCAUGGCUGAUACCUUACACCUUCACCACGGAAACUACUCCUGAUGCUUUUAACUUAUCGAAGUCAAGUGCGACAAUGAAGAUUCUUACGACGGGUACUAAGCGAACAUAUUCUAGAGAGAAAAUUAAAUCGAUUAUAUUCAAUUUACAACAAACAGGUAAGUACCAAAUUUUCUUUUGGUAUUAUCGCGUCAAUUACAAAGAUGGGCCUCUGAAAAAUAUCGCAUAUCUAACCUUUGAAGAAUAUGGUGGAAUACAUGUUAUUAACCGUGCUCAAAUUAUGGAUGACGCAUUUUACUUUUUGAUGAAAGGCGAAAUCAAAGUGGAUACAUUUACGAGACUCACGAGACGCCUAUUGUUAGAGAGAAAUUAUACAGCAUGGUAUCCUAUGUUCAAAGCUUUUGAAUAUAUGUCCUCUUUCUUUCCCUUUAAAGAGAGUUCUUAUAUCAAGCGAAAAAUGAUAAGAAUACUGGAUCCACUUCAUCAGGAAAUGGCAUAUGAAUACGGAAGUGAUACGCUGAGUAUUAAUAGUAGUUUACAGCAGGAGGCUGCACGAUGGGCAUGUGCCUUCGGUUCUUUUGAAUGCAGAAAUGCUUACUUUAAAUUAAUUUCACAUAUGAUGGAUAAAAGACCUAUUAUGACUUGGUGGAAGGACUGGACAUACUGUAAUGGUUUAAGAUAUGUUCAAAUGUUAGCAGAAUAUACUACUUGGGAAGAAUUAUUUGAUAAAUGUUUAUUAAAGGAAGAACACAUUGAUUAUGUACUUUUAAAGUCUCUGGCUUGCCCUGCAGAUACCGCUGUUAUAAAGAAAUAUUUACAGUUAAUAAUAAACGAAGAUUAUGAUGAAAAAUUAGGAGAAUAUGGCCGACUUUUCGUUUUUCAUACAAUCGUUGAGAAACAUGCGAAAAAUAAUGAGAUACUUAGUUAUAUAUUAGAACAUUUUGUAAAUGUAAAACCCAGAUUAAUGAAAUCAAUUCCAGCAAUAAUACAUCUCUUUAAUCACGUGUACACCAAGGAGGCAUUACAAAAGAUAUAUGACUACGUAGAAGACAAAUGGAUGAAUUUUAUAAUUCCCCUAGGUCCGGACGCUUAUAAAAGAAAAAAAGAACUACGCGAAUCUCAAAUAGACAGCCUGCUACGUCACUUCCAGGUUCUUCAACAAACAUAAUGUAUCAAGCGUAAUACAAUGUUUGUGAAUCGAUGUUAAUUAUAAAUGUAUUAGAUUAAGGUCAUGAUAUAUUAAUAUUGUGUUUAUGCGUAUAUAGUUUCAUUACAAAUAAAUAC